AUGCAAUAAUCAAAAGAAUAUGAACAUCAAACACAAAAUUAUCGAAGAUGUGGACUUCAUGCAGUUAAUAAUUUACUUUAAUAAAAUAAAUAUACCAGAUAAGACUUCGAAAAUAUUGCAGAAGAAAUUAAAAAAGAAACAAGCUUAUCUCACUAUACUUAUUUUUUAGGAAACUAUGAUUUAAAUGUUAUUGAAAGAAUUUUAUUAAAAGAAUCAUAUGAAAUAGUAUGGGUUAGAUAGAACCAAGAAAUUAAUGAAGAACUUAUUGCUGAUCCUUAAGUAUAUGGAUUAUUGAUUAGCCUCAUUAAGGAGAUGUCUUUUAUUGAGAAAUUAUGUAAUUGGGAUCCUAGACAUUGGGUUUCUAUAAGAAAAGUGAUUAAGCAUGAUGAUGAAUUAGAGUUUUAUUAUCAUGAUUCAUCAUUGAAAGCUCCUUAAAUAAAAUAGACUCCUGAUAUGAUUUAAGAAUUAAAAAAUCUACAAAUGGAUAAAGCUAAAGAGAAUUAUAUAUUAUUAGUGAAGAAAAGAUGA